AGCUCGCUCAGGACUUGUUGCGCUGCAGUGAGAGUCUGAAGCCGCGGAGGAACAGAAGAGACUCGUUUGGAGAGUUGGAGGAGAAACUCAAAGAUCUGAUCCGCUAAAGAUCUCCUCGGCGCUUCGAGUGUGUGUUCGUGCGAUCAGGAUGUGUGUGAAGUGAGCUUCGGGACAGACCGCAUCUGCUCGAGUGGAGCUGGAGCUUCUCUGACGAGCAUCAUGUCGUAGAAGUUGCUCCUCGAGCUCUUCUGGCUCAGUCCAGCUCUCGUCCAGGAUGGCUCACUUCACUUUCGUGGCAUGUUCUGAUCGUCGGUGAAGAAGAGUCGAGUUCGCUGGAGAUUCUGCAGAAGACUGAGAGGAUGGUGGUGGUGGUGGUUAGUUGGGGCGCUUUUCUCCAAACCUGCUUGAUAUUGAUGGUGAGAGCAAACCAGCACAACCCCAGAGAGACCAGCUGCGACCUUCACGCCAAACAAAGCGAGCUCAACUCUUUCCUGUGGACUAUAAAGCGAGACCCGCCCUCGUACUUCUACGGCACCAUUCACGUCCCGUACACGCGCGUCUGGGACUUCAUCCCCGAGAACUCCAAGCAGGCCUUCCAGGAGAGCAGCAUCGUGUACUUCGAGCUGGACCUGACCGACCCGUACACCAUCUCGGCUCUGAGCAGCUGCCAGCUCCUGCCGCAGGGAGAGAAGCUGCAGGACCUGCUGCCCAAAGACAUCUACCGCCGGCUCAAGACGCACCUGGACUACGUCAAGCUCAUGCUGCCCUCCUGGAUGACCCCUGACCAGCGGGGCAAGGGCCUGUAUGCAGACUACCUGUUCAACGCCAUCGCCGGGAACUGGGAGCGCAAGCGGCCCGUCUGGGUGAUGCUGAUGGUCAACUCUCUGACCGAGGCCGACAUCAAGACACGCGGCGUUCCCGUGCUGGACCUGUAUCUGGCUCAGGAGGCCCAGAGGAUGAGGAAGAGGACCGGAGCCGUGGAGAAGGUGGAGGAGCAGUGCCAUCCUCUGAACGGACUCAACUUCUCUCAGGUGAUCUUCGCUCUGAAUCAGACGCUCCUGCAGCAGGAGAGUCUCCGAGCCGGGGCCCUGCCGGUCCCCUACACCACAGAGCACCUGAUCAAGCACUACAACUGUGGAGACCUGAACUCCAUCAUCUUCAACCACGACACCUCACAGGUGCCGAGCUUCCAGAACGUGACGCUUCCUCCGAACGAGCAGGUGACGGCGCAGGAGAUCGAGAGCUACUUCCGGCAGGAGCUGAUCUACAAGAGGAACGAGCGCAUGGGCCGCCGCGUGCGAGCGCUGCUGGACGAACACCCCGGAAAAACGUUCUUCUUCGCCUUCGGAGCAGGUCACUUUCUGGGAAACAACACUGUGAUUGAUGUCCUGAGACGUGAAGGUUAUGAGGUGGAGCACACACCUGCUGGACAGAUGCUACACAGCAGAAGGUCAGGAGAGCUGCCGGACGCGGACGCCCCGCUGGAGCCGUUCCUCCACGAGCGCCCAGAUCUUCAGGAGGACGAGGAGCAUCUGCUGGAGCUCCUGGAGAAGGUGGAGCACAAGCUGAAGAAGAAGCGGCGAAACAAGCAGAAGAAGCAGCGCCAUCGGCAGUUCAACGAGCUCUGGGUGCGGAUGGAGGAGAGCGUGACGGCCGAGGCUCCGCCUCCUGUCGUCCGCAUCAUCAACGGUUACAUCACGGUACAGGCCCACCCACAGGAGCACGACCGAGCCAAUCAGCACAGGACGUUCUCAGGCUCCGCCUCCUGGAGCCCCGCCCUCCCUGCUCUGUGUGUCCAGAUCCUGCUGCUGCUGCUGCUUUCGUGACCGGACUUCAGCUCUUCCAGAAACACUUCCUUGUAAAUAUCAGAUGUAUUAUAGAUGUAAUUUAGAGUUUUGAAUAAAGCAUUUGUUUGUUCACUUAUUAUAUAAAUAUAUAAAUAAGAGUCAUUAUAUUUUUGUGACUAAAUCAGCUACUAACCAGCUUAACCGGCCUCAGUCAAGAAAAAACCAUCAGGUCAGGAAAACAGAUGUACGGUGAUUCUUCCUCUUCGGUCAACCUCGUGCUUUUGAUGAAUGUCUAAAAUGUUGUGUUUGUGACAUAGAAACGAGUCAUUUAAUUUAUUGAAUAGAUAGUGUUAGUUGAUCUAAAUGUGUUUAUGGCAGAAUGAGGCAAUGUAAAUCAUAUCUGGUGUUUGUGAUGUUAAAAGAAAUAAAGUAUUUAUAUAGUUCAGUGUUCUCCAAACGAAAGAUGAAUGCAGACUCUCGUUCUUCUCUCGACGCUGGAACAGAAGCAGUGUUUUAUGAAGGAUCUUCAUCUUCUUGACAUGGCUCUUCUGUCCUUCAUCCUCUUCCUCCUCCUCUUCCUCUCAGCUGAGAUCUUCACCCAACCACCAAGAGGUCUUUUAUUAUGCUCUUUAAAUUAAAUCACAAGACCAAUUUAUGCUUUUGAAUGGAAUGGUUUCUUUCUGGUUGCCAGCGAAUGUGUGAAAGGAUUUUCUUUGUAAAUCAUUCUUCAUUAACAAAAAAUGUUGUGGUUAUUACCACGGUUUAUUGAUGAGAGCUGAUCCGAGAUCAGACAAAUACAAACCCAACUCCAGAGUGUUGUUUUGAUGUGGCUGUAGUUAACCUUAGUUUAGAUUGCUGUAUGAUUCUGGCCAGUUUUGAGGAAAGUUUCUUCGGUUGUUAACAAGCUUUGUUCAGUACUGAAGUCACCUCUUCAGAAGUCUUCAUGGAUCAAACUGGGAAUCGUUUUCAGACGAAAUGCAUGCCAUGAACACAUUUUUCUAAAUCCACAAACACUUUAUCAUUCAUACUCUACAACCUGAAAAAGCGCAUUCAGAUCAGAAGGAUGCUAAACUGUCCAUUUCUGCAGGAAUUAUAUUCAAAUUUCUGUUGAAUAUUUAUAGGGAAAUCGAGUAAUAAUUAAUCCAAACACAACUAAAUGCUAACACAAGAUACUUACACAACUACCUCACUUUGCCAUAAGUUAAAUAUAUUAGGUUUCUAAUAUAAAUAAACAUAUUGUAGGAACUUAAAGCUCUUUGCAAUGACUUUUAUCAUAAAGAUAAGAGAAACUCGUUCCGUCUCAUCAGGUCAUGACAUAACAUAGUUAUUAUAUAAUAUCUCAAUAUGAUGUCACUGCUGACAUCAUACGAGCCUUUCAGUGUGUUAUCAGGGCUCUGAAGAUCUCACGAUGAAAUGAAGACAUCAUGUUCUUUUUUACGUAAAUGUCUAGAAAGCAGAAAAUGUCAAACCUGUUCAUUAGAAGGGAUGUGUCCGAUCUAGUACUUUGUAUCUGAUCUUUUAAGAUGUGGUUCUUCACACAGAUUAUUCACAAGCGGCUUCAACACAGAAAUCAUAAAUAAUAUCAGAGUUCUUUCUGAAGAAGGUGGUUACGGUCAGAAAUUCAGCAGGAGUGGGAAUAAGAAAACUGAAGGGCUGUUUAACACACAUUAGAGAAAGUGGAAAUAUUAGCGUGAACUGCAUGAACAUCGAGACUGAAUGCAUAA